AGAUUCAUAGCGUCAGAUCAUUUCUCGAAGAGAUCUACUUCCUUUUGCAUCGCCCCUUCAACUCCCAACUCCUGGCCUUGUUCUCCUGCGUUCUGCGUCACGAUUUCUCGAUCAUUUUGCCGAACUAUAACGCUACAAUCGACGAGCUUCUCAAAUAGAAGAAGAGAAAUGGUGAAAGUAGCGACGUUCUUCGCAAUGUCGUUGGGGGCCUUCGUAUUCUGGCAGUCCAUGGAUAAACUUCAUGUUUGGAUCGCUCUCCAUCAAGACGAGAAGAAAGAGAGGUUGGAAAAGGAAGCGGAGAUCAGAAGAGUUAGGGAAGAGCUACUGCAACAAGCGAAACAAAACGACUCUCUUGCUUGAUUUCCCGUUUCUACACUGGUGGUCUUCUGUUCUCUGUUGCUGCUGUUGGCAUGAAAUUGAUAAGUUCAGACUUUACAUAGUUUAUAAUCAUGAAUUGUCUGUUCUAGAACGAUGAUAAUGAGGUGGCCUAUAAAUGAUUGAUUACUCAUUUCUUUAACUGCCCUGGUUAUCAAACGUUAAACAAUGCUCAUUUCAAUUUGGAGCCUUGCUUUUGAAUAAUUCAAUUUGCAUUCUGAUUCAGUAUGUCAAAACUUGUUUCAAUAUUGUGUUCUUACCUUGUCUUUGGAAUGAGAACUUAUUUGCUUC